AGGACAGUGCCAUUGUGAGAAAGGCGCUUCUGAUUCGGGAAUAAUUUAGCCAUAGAAAGCACCCAUCUGGUGCUUUCUAUUUGAGUAAAAUAGUUUUUCUUCUGGUACCUUGUACAUAAAUGAACUCUGGGGGGCGGCACUAGCAUUCUGUACUGUUAUGUGUGCGUGUGGUCAGAAGUUAGUUUCUGGAAACCGUGAUCAUAAGGAACCUUGAACUUUUUUCCAAUAGAUGUGCAGACUUUACGGGAAAAUAGCUCGACCCCCUCCAAAAACGCGCAUGCGCUGGGUUUGUGUACAUUCCUCAUAAAGAUGGCGCAUUUCCAGUGUGAUAAGGAUCCCAGAGAUCUUGGAUGCGCACCGGGACAGGAGGAAAUAUGAUCUGCACCCUUAGCUUAGAGUAGGCGCGUACUGUGUGUAGAUAAACAGGUGAAAACGGACACGUUACGCUGCCCGAGUAUCGGAGCGUCUUCUGACUCGGCCGCAGCUGCGCUCUAGCUGAGGAGGGGGAUUCCUAUCUCUACAGCAGCAGCAGCUGGUCUGUGCCGCUUUGGGUAAAUUACAGCUUCCGACGAGCUGCCAGUUCUGAAAAACAAAACUCCGCAUUUGAAGAACCCUGCCAGAGGCUUCAUCUAUGAUACCUUCUGGGUUUCAGUGAUCAUUAUCAGGUGGAUAAGCUUUUCCUCUCUGACAACACAUCAGCAUAAUUUAAGCACGGUGAUAAAGAGAUAAAUGGAGCUGAAGGAGACCCGUGUUAGCGUUGGAGGCCAUGGCUGACCACACUCCUCCUUUGGAGCCCAGCCCUCGGAUCAGCGGUGACCUGUCCCUCCUGGCCCCCCCUCCGCCACCCUCCAUGGUCAAUGGAGAUGGAGCUCAGCAGCAAGUGAAAUGCAUGCCCGAUUGGAUUAAAAUCAGGAGAUUGACUUGGCCAGUCUCAGACUUUCAAAACUGUAAGGUGAUCUUAGUGCAGGUGAACCCCGGCGAAUCCUUCACGAUACGACGCGAGGAUGGUCACAUCCAGUGUAUCACAGACUGGAAACAACGCCAUGAAAGAAGCCUGCUCUUGAGUGCCGGAGGUCCAGCUCAGGUACCGAUGAUGUCCCCAAAUGGUUCAGUGCCUCCAAUAUAUGUGCCUCCUGGAUACGUCUCGCAGAUCAUCGAGGAGAAUGGCGUGCGGCGUGUCCUGGUCUUACCUCAGCCGGAGUUCCACCCCGGGAGCCACUCGCCGCUGCACCCGCCAACCCACCCGCCCCUGCCCGCCUUCAUCCCGCACCACGCCAUGAUGCCGCCCCCCCACCACCACCUGUACUCCACGGUGAGCGGGGCCGGCGACAUGGGUACGCAGUACAUCCCCCAGUACCACGCGCCGCACGUCUUCACCGAGCAAGAAUCUCAUUCUCCUCAUGGAAGACCGGCCUUUGUUCACCGGGAUGAAAGGACCAGUAAAACGUACGAACGUUUGCAGAAAAAGCUCAAGGAGAGGCAGGGGGGCGGACAGACAAAGGACAAAUCAAGCAGCCCCCCCUCGUCCCCACAGAAGGAUGGCUGUGACUCCCCAGUGGACAUCCAGAACGGUCUGGCCAAAGGACAACAGGCGCCAAGUACAGCAGCAGGAGAGGCCAAAGUCAAGCAGAUUGGCAAAGUGAAAGGCAGCCCGCGCAUAGACCCAGAAUCAGAAGAGCUCGAUGAAGAAUCGAAGGCCCUCCAAGCCCUGCUCUCCAAUAUAGCCAAGCCAGUGGUGUUGGACAUCGAGGCUCGAACUGCAGUCCUCACUUGGUCUCCACCUUCUCCAGAGGUGAAUGGGGAAAGCGACAUGGCCAGUAUUCCUGAGGUUUUAUCUUAUGAAGUUACUGUUUCUUACAGUGGGAAAGAUGGCAAAUUCAAGACCGCAUACAGUGGUGAAGAGCUAAGUGCAGCCUUAGAAGACCUUAGACCAGCAACAGAUUACCAUGCAAGAGUCCAGGUGUUUUGCAACUGUUUACAAGGGAGUCCGUCUGAAGCUGUGAGUUUUACCACUUUGAGCUGUGAGCCGGACACUCCCAGCCCUCCGCGGAAGACCAGCGGGACCAAGAAUACUCUUGUUCUGCAGUGGAAGGCUCCAUGUGACAAUGGUUCCAAAAUCCAAAACUACGUUCUGGAAUGGGAUGAGGGAAAAGGGACAGGGGACUUUGAGCAAUGCUACUAUGGGCCUCAGAAGCAGCAUCGAGUGACCAAGCUAUCACCAGCUUCAAAAUAUUCCUUCCGUCUGGCAGCCAAAAACGACAUGGGCAUAAGCGGCUUCAGUGAAGCCAUCGAUUUUUACACCUCAGGCAGCGUUCCAGCUACACCAGCAAGCCCAGAGCUCAUCAAAGCUGGGGUGACCUGGCUGUACUUGCAGUGGCGGAGACCCCUGGGAGGCCCCUCGGAGGAUGACAUCUCCUACAUCCUGGAGAUGGAGGAAGAGAGCUCGGGAUAUGGGUUCAAGCCAAAAUAUGACGGAGAUGAACUCUCUAGCACAAUAAAAAACCUUCGCCGUAGUACCAAGUACAGGGUUCGGGUGACGGCAUACAACUCGGAAGGGAAGAGCGGAGCCAGCCAAGCAGUGGAGUUCCACACCUGCCCAGACAAGCCUGGAGCUCCCUGCAGGCCAGCCGUCAAGGGCAAAGUUCAUGCCAACAGCUUCAAGAUGACCUGGGAUGCUCCCAAAGAUGAUGGAGGAUCACCAGUCACAAAGUACGUUGUGGAGAUGGCAGAAGGUACUAAUGGGAACACAUGGGAGAUGGUGUACAGUGGGUCCAUGAUGGAGCAUACAUGCGAUCACCUGAAGCCAGGCAGUGCCUAUCAAUUGCGAGUAUACUGUAUCAGCAAAGGAGGCCAAAGCCCGCUGUCUGAGACUCUGCUUGUUCAGACUCCCGCAGUCCCGCCGGGCCCCUGUUUACCCCCCAGGGUUGUGGGAAAGCCGAGAGCCCGCGAAGUACAGCUGCGCUGGGGGGCUCCGCCGGUGGACGGAGGGUCUCCUGUGUCUUGCUACAGCCUGGAGGUGUGUCCAGCACAGACCGAGGAGCACAGGGAGGUGUACCAGGGCCCGGAGCUGGAGUGCACCAUCGUCAGCCUUCUGCCAGGAAGGACCUACUGCUUCAGACUGAGAGCCGCCAACAAGGCUGGGUACGGGCCCUUCUCCGAGCGCUGUGAAGUGACGACGGCUCCAGGAGCCCCGGAUCAGUGCAAGUCUCCCCACGUUGCUUGCAAGUCCCCCACAUGUGCAAUAGUGAGCUGGGAGCCCCCAGCUGGCAAUGGUGCUAAUGUCACAGAGUACCGCCUGGAGUGGGGAGCAGCAGAAGGCUGCAUGCAGAUCUGCUACUCUGGACCUGCUUUGUCCCAUGAAAUGAAAGGGCUUUUGCCAGCAACUACCUACUUCUGUAGAACACAGGCAGUAAACGUUGCUGGGGCUGGCCCAUUCAGUGAAGUGGUGCUGUGCAUCACUCCAUCCUCUGUCCCGGCAGCAGUGAGCUCCUUGCAGGCCGCCGACGAGAGUGAGAUCGACAGUCCGCACUACUGCCCUUCCACCUGCCUGGCCCUGCAGUGGGAACCCCCCUGCGACCACGGGUCCGAGAUCACGUCUUACUGCAUUGACCUGGGGGACAGGCAGCCCAUCAUGGUGUGCAGGACCAACAGCUACAUGAUCGAGAACCUUCAGCCUGACACGAGUUACAGGAUACGAAUUCAGGCUCUGAACAGCAUCGGCGCAGGGCCAUUCAGCCACACCAUCAAGCUGAAGACCAAGCCUCUGCCGCCCCAGCCCCCCCGGCUGGAGUGCACAGCCUUCAGCCACCAGAACCUGAAGCUCAAGUGGGGGGAAGGCACUGCCAAAGCUCUGUCCACAGACUCCAUUCAGUACCACCUCCAGAUGGAGGACAGGAAUGGAAGAUUUGUAUCCUUGUAUAGAGGACCAUGCCACACUCACAAAGUCCAGAGGCUCAAUGAGUCCACCUCCUACAAGUUCCGCAUUCAGGCCUUUAAUGAAGCAGGCGAAGGGCCCUUUUCUACUGUUUACACUUUCACAACUCCCAGGUCCUCUCCUGCACCUCUGAAAGCUCCCAGAAUAGAGCAACUGGAUGACCAUUCCUGUGAGGUGACGUGGGAAGCCGUCCAGCCUAUGAAGGGGGACCCUAUUAUUUACAGCCUUCAGUCCAUGAUUGGGAACACGGAGUUCAAGCAGAUCUACAGAGGCCCGGCCACGUCCUUUCACGUUUCAGGGCUCCAGGUGAACUGUGAAUACCGUUUCCGGGCCUGCGCCAUCCGCCAGUGCCAAUCUCCCUCGGGGCCCCAGGAGCUUGCAGGCCCCUACAGCGCCACCGUCUCCUUCUCCUCGCCCAGGAGCGACCUGCCUUCCAGUGGCGCCAAGAACACUGUGGAAGUGGCGAGGACCAAACGCACACUGAGUGAUGAACAGUGUGCGGCCGUCAUCCUCGUGCUGUUCGCGAUCAUAUCCAUCCUGAUUGCCUUCGUCAUCCAGUACUUUGUCAUCAAGUGACGUGCCCGCCACCAAAAAAACAAAAAACAAACAACUUUGACCUUAAUCACUUUCCCUUCUCUCUUACCCCUCCCGGCUUUAAAAACAUUGUACUGUGAUUCCAACUUCUGUUAAAUUCACUCUUUGCCACAGUGUAGGCAUGCUAGGCCAUCGUUUCCCCACUGUUUUCCUGAAGACAUAGCGCUUGCAUUGUGCAGUAGAGGGCCCUGGCAGUUUUUGAAGAGGAACCUUUUUUAAAACUCGGUAGUCUUUCCCAGGUUUGGGGGUGGAUAUUUGCAUUGCGAGGCAAAGUUAAGCGACUGCACCUUCCGAAUUUCUUUUAAUUUGUUGACAGUUAAUAGCACCAUUCCAUUUUGUUUUUCUUUGUGUGUGUCAAUUUUUAUUGACGAAAGGAGAAGAAACCGUUGUUCUCUUUUUUUUUCCCUUGUUUUUUUUAGAUUUGUUUUAAUUUUCCCCUGUGAAAUUUAACAAGGAAUCCUCUUUCGCCGUGGCCAGUGAGCAUGUAAAGUAAAAAAGGAUGCCAGCCCAGAUUCAGUGAAAUCAGUGUGAUGGCCUGAGUAGACAUGCAAUUCUUUAUUCUUAAGUGCCAGAGCUGGAGUUUCUUUUUUUAAGAUGAAAAGCAGAAGACCCAUGAAGUGUACAGCAAAUAAAUAGGUAUAUUAAUCUAUUGUUAGUAUUGUAUAACACUCAUUUAGCACUUUUGAAUACUUUUGAGUCCAGAGUGUGUGAGGAUGCAAACGUGACUGUGAAAGGUAAUAUUUGAUAUAUUUUUGUAAGAAACAUGGACCUGUUUAUCAGGGCUUUGUGAAGGGGGGGCAUAAGAGGGAAAAUGGAGUUUGCAUUUUUUAACAUGUAGCUGCUUUAAUCCAAACUUUUGAGUUCAGCGCAAAAGCUUGUCGAAGUCUCCCUUGAGUUUAAGAGAAAAAAAAAAAAGAGAAUUUGCACCUUGUACAAAAAAUGGCUGACUGCAUGUGGUGUUUGUGAUGCGUUUCUAGAACACUUCUUUCAGUGUGCAAAGCCCUAACUGUGUAUUGUGAGUUUUUUGCAAUGUUGUACCACUGAAUCGUACCUGUCAAAAUCUUUCAUCUUCAAAGUCUGAAAAUUAAAACUGCAUUAGGAAGCUUAACAGUCUGAAUGACUCUUAACAUGAGGGUUACCAGAAUUUAAUUACCUGGAAUUAAUUCACACUUAAUGUGAUAAUCUGUGUACACUUCUGCAGUUUCAGUUUCUUUUGUUUCUUGUUUUUAUUUUCUGAAGAUUUUUCUGAGAUUUUUGUCUCUUUUGUUUUAGUGAUAUUUGUGUUCAUUGAUUUGUGUAAAACACUUUUUAAUUAUGAAAUCAUAUUUAGCACUCAGUAUUCAUCCUGUUUAACGUCAUCAGCAUUAUUUUUAAGUUAAUUAUUUUCUGAGGGGAUAAUAAUAAUGGUUUCUUGCCUGUUAAUUGUCUAUGUUGUUACACGUACUUCCUAUAAAUUCAGAACUUGACACUUUUUGUGUUACAUUCUUUCUCACUGACCGCAAACAGCAACCUGUCACAGUUUUGCUGUCUGACCUUCAGAGUUGAUGUUGUGCUUGGCUGUUGGCCGAUGUGUUACUUGCUGUUGCAGCAGUUUUAACAAUGCUGGUACCUUGUCAAAUGUCUUUAAAAUACACAAAAAAUAUAAUAUUGCAAUGAAUCUGCUGCCCUGCAAAUGGCUUCUGUUUGUCAUAGUAAAAUUCAAAUUCCUAUUUUUGAUAGUGCAAAAUGUAAUUGCAAGUUGUGCCAUUCAGAUAUUCCCCUUUUGCAGUUUGCUGCAUUGGGGAAAGAAAUAAUUUUAUGUAAUUUUAAUGUUUGCAGUUACCUCAUAUACUGUACAUUCCAAAAAAAAAUCCAAACUUGAUAUAAAUAUUACCAAACAUAUCACUUGUACAAUGUCAGACUUCGUAAUGAAAACUGUAUAAUCUCAUAAAUAUGUAUCUAAACUGUAACUCUAUAGCCAUGAUAUCUACAAGAAAGAUCCAUGACAAUAAAAGAUCUAUAAUUCUUA